CAUGACAUGUCUUUGAAGGUCUAUAAAUACGUUUCAUAUCCCUAGCUCUUAUGUCACUCACUUCACUCUCUCAAACACUCUUCGUUCUUACUAAUCAUAUCAUAUCUAUCCAAGGAAUCCCAAUGGCAAGUGUUGAGGUGCAAUCGGCUGCAAACACUUUACCGGAGAAGGUGGAAAUCACCCCAGAAGCACCAAAAGAAGUCAAGCCAGUAGUUGCUGCACCGGAGCCAGUGACUGAGGAGUCACCGGAAGAAACCUCAGUCGACGUUCCUACACCCGUGGAGGAGCCACAGCCACCCACCGCCGAAGUCCCACUUGAAACUGAAACCAAAGUGGUGGAGGAGGAGCCCAAAAGUGAGGUAGAACAGGAACCCACGACAGAGACAAUCGAUCAAGAAGAGGUGACGGCUGCUGAGGAAACCAAGGAAGAAACUCCGGCAGCAACUGAGGCAGUCCCUGAAGACACUCCGGCGGCAACAGAGGCAUUACCUGAAGAAACUCCGGUGGUGACGGAGGAGCUCAAAGAAUCUGUGGAGGAAGAUGAAAAACCAGCUGAGGUUGUUGCAGCAGAGGAAUGAAGAUUGAAGAGAAAGAGAGAGAUGUUACUUUCUAUUUUUAGCAUGGUCGAUGUUUGGUUUCUAUUUUGUUAAAUCUUCAAAAGCAAAGUGGGCAGUAGAUGAUUGGCUGAGAAGUGGGGCGCCGCUUUGGCUUUUGAGUUCUACAUUUCAAGAAGUUUUCAAUAUGAUUUAUUCUAUAUAUGUUUGCU